GGAGGAGUCGAGACUAUCAUCGUGGAAGUACCAACUCCACUGACAAUAAUUACUUCCACAUGGUCCGGAACUGAAACUACCACCGUCACCGUUCCUGCACCAUCUGGAGGAGUCGAGACUAUCAUCGUGGAAGUUCCUACUCCACUGACAACAAUUACUUCCACAUGGUCCGGAAUUGAUACUACUACCGUCACUGUUCCAGCACUAUCUGGAGGAACCGAGACAAUUAUUGUCCAAGUUCCUACUCCGUUGACAACAAUUACCUCCACAUGGACCGGAACUGAUACUACCACCGUCACUAUUCCAGCUCCAUCCGGAGGAGUCGAGACUAUCAUCGUGGAAGUACCAACUCCACUGACAAUAAUUACUUCCACAUGGUCCGGAACUGAAACUACCACCGUCACCAUUCCUGCACCAUCUGGAGGAAUCGAGACUGACAUCGUGGAAGUACCAUCCCCAUUGACUACUUUCUCAUCUUCAUAUACUGUUCCUACUUCCGAACCAAUUGAAAUUACUACUCCUUCUUAUUCCACGAAAGUCUGGAUUGGUUGGAAUUCAAGCUCUGUGGUUUAUUCUUCAAGCUCUACCGCAUCGAAUACACCUUUUCCAUCUUUGUCUACAUAUCCAAUACUGAGUCUGACAACAAGCCUGUUACCAGUUUCUGUCCGUCCAUUUGAAACUGAGUAUGAUGGGACUACCCCUGUGGUCAUCUCAGAGCCUGCUUCCACAAUUGAAAUCACGCAAGGAACUUCUACUCUAUAUGUUACCACAUGCCCAUCAGGAACUUGUAAAAUAACUACCGCCAUUGCUGGAUAUAUCGUAUCGGAGAUUGACUCUACCACUCAUACUACUUACUACCCAUUGCAAAGUUCUACUCAUAUAGAGGUGGCCAAUACGACCAAUGGUAUCAGUGAUACGAAUCCUAAACCUACUGGAAGUGUAACUGGAUUAGAUAACGUAUCUGAAUCAGUUCUCUCACAUACGUCCUUUACAAGCCAAUAUUCAAGCAGUCAGAAAAUACCCCCCACAAUCCCAACUGGGCAACAAGGAUCUGCUCAUAAAACGUCAUUUAGUUUGUUACCAUUCUGCAUUAUAGUAGCAUAUAUAUUCUAA